AUGCUGAUCAAAUUUGCAGGUGACCCCAAACUGAAGGGGCAGCUGAGACCCCCAGAGGAGAGCCAGCCUCUUUGCUCAGGCAGCGCGGAGGCAAGCAAAGAAGCAGCAAGUCGUGGCCCUGGGCUUUCCCUGUUGAAGCAAUGCCUGCUCAGGAAGAUGGCUGCCAGGCAGCAUGGGGUGGCAGCCUCCUGCCUCCAGGAGCUCAGGAGCAAAGCUUGCGAACUGCUAGCAAUUGACAAGGCCUCUGAACCCAUCACUUUGGUUUUGGCGGAGGAUGGCACCAUCGUGGACGAUGAGGAUUAUUUCUUGUGUCUACCACCAAACACAAAGUUUGUGGCGCUGGCGAAGGAUGAGAAGUGGUCUUGCAGCAGUAUUGACGGAGGCACGGCUUGGCUAGAGGGAGAGGUCGCUGAGGUAGAUGGAGUGGAUGGUGGUGAGGAAAAAUGGAAGCGCCUGGCCAAACAACUAAAAGAUGACCUCUCCACCAUUAUCUUGAUGUCCGAGGAAGAUCUCCAGGUGCUCAUUGAUGUCCCAUGCUCAGACCUAGCCCAGGAACUUUCCGACACACAAGCCAAAGUUCAAACGCUCCAGGACACACUGCAGCAAGUGCUAGACAGGCGGGAAGAGGAGCGUCAGUCGCGGCAGCUUCUGGAACUCUACCUGCAGGCAGUGAAAAACGAGGACCACAUUGUACCCAAGGCAGAAGAAACGGCAAUGGAAACGGCCACGGAUGGAGCUGAUGCAGUGGAUACUGGGGGCAGCAGUGAAAACGUUGCAAACGUGGUUCCACUCCACAGCCACAUCUUAACAACACUCAGAGAAAAGGCUUCUCCAGAACUCAGCCUGGCCAGCCAAGACUUAGAGCUGGUUUAUAAAGAAGACCCAGAAACCUUAGCUCAGGUCCUGAGCUGGGAUAAACCAAAGAUCCUGGCCUUGCAAGAAGCCUGCGAGCGGGAGCUUUCGAAGCGUCUGCAACAAGUGGAGAACUUGCAUACCUUGAGGAGUAUCUCAAAGGGCAAGAAGAAGUUGCUGUGGGGGGAAUGGCUGAAUCCCAAACGCAAGAAAUAAGGGACCAGGGAAAGGGACAUGGGCUUGGGGUUUUUUUGUGUGUGAUACUGUGCCUUCAGUGAGUAAAGACUGAGCAUUUAAGGACAGAAUUUAAGAGCUUGACAUCUUUUGCAGCAACUCAAAUAGCUGAAAGGUGUUAAAUAUUUCCACGGAGCAUUACAGUGUGCCAGUUUUUGGUUUCAAAAGUAUUAGGACCAGUUGGAAUAACGUUGCAGGAUCAGAUAUAUAAUGAAGUAUAAAGAGGAGAAAUGCUCUUUGUAACAAGGCAGUCUUCUUGGUACUCUUGGCUGGAACUGUUAAGUCCAUGCUGAGUUUAUCAUUGCCAUUUGUUUUGGCAUUUGCCAAGUGGUUUGGGGGGUCCUUUUUUUGGUCUGAUCUCUUCUUGCCUUAUCUUGUGUUUUUCUAUAUUACCUAUAAUAUAAUGUAUAAUAUUUAUUGCCAUGCAUUUCAUUUGCUGCCUAGAUGCAAUCAGAUGUCUGGUAUUUCAGCGCCACUUGUGCAAAGUGUCCCCAAAUGCUAACUCUGUUUUUCUUGCCUUCAGGAAGGGAGCACCUUUCCUUUUGUUGUUGUUGUCCAGGGCCACAAUUUCUCAGGGAUAGUCAAUGACCUACAAUCCAUAAACCAGCAAGACAUUUUCUUUUCCCAGUACCAUUUCGUUCUCUCUUUUUCUCUCUCCAUCCAGUGGCUACCAAGGAAUGACAAAGUCAACCUUGCAAGGUCUGAAAUUUUGCAGCAAGCAUUUGAAAGCAGUGCCUUUGACUUGGACUUUUGGUAGUUUUAUGGCAAGGAGUGCGAUUUUGUGUUUAAACCUGCAUUUCAGGAGCGCACCACCCACGUCGCAUAGUGAUUUAAAGGUGCAUGUAGAAUCAGGUGGCUGUUACCACUCUUACUAACACACUAUUGAUUAGGAUUGUAAAAAGCAAACCUUGCAUUUGGAAGAUAUUAAAACUUUUGUAUCAUUGGAUAAUUUUUGCACGGCUCACUAAUCUUUUUAUGCCUCUAGCAUGUUUUAAAACAGGAGUAGGCAAGUUCUGUAGGUUGUAUCGGUUUUAGAAAUGCAGAAAAGGACGAAAAAUGAAAAGCCAAGGUGUAGAGCCCGGUGUUUGUAGUGCAAAAUCACCACAAAUCCUUUGCAGGGCAGUUGCAGAAACUGCCUGGGGGACAUAUGAAGCUUGUGGGUUGCAUUUUGCCCAGCUCUUCCUUCAGAGCAUUUCAGAAUUUAGCCAUAAGAGGACAUGACCAAAUGGGUAGCUAUAUAGUAAGGAGGUGAUGGAGUAACAGCUACAGGUUUCUCCUUGUAUCCAGUUCAG